ACACUGGGAAUUUGACCCAGAAGCUGGAACAUUGGAAGAACGUGCCCAAGUGGAAAGGUUCCGCCAGGAGUUCAAAAAAAAUCGAUUUCAAGUGAAACAGAGUUCAGAUCUGUUAAUGAGAAUGCAGCUUACCAAAGAGAAUCCCUGCGGACCGAUUCCACCAGCAAUGAAAGUGAAAGAAACAGAAACGGUGACGGAGGAAGCAGUCACAACUACUCUACGAAGGGCCAUCAGUUUCUAUUCCACUCUCCAGGCCCAUGAUGGCCACUGGCCUGCUGAAUCUGCUGGCCCUUCGUUUUUCCUUACUCCUUGGGUCAUCAUAAAUAAAUUGCCUCACUCUAGGUAUGUAGAGUGUACUUCUUCAGCAAUUCAAAGCCUCUUGCUUUUUAGGAAAUUAUAUCCCAACCAUCGAAGAACUGAGAUAGACCAUAGCAUUGUAACAGCUGCCCGUUACCUUGAAGAGACACAAAAACAAAAUGGUUCAUGGUAUGGUUCCUGGGGAAUUUGCUACACCUAUGCCGCAUGGUUUGCUGUAGAAGGGCUGGCUGCCUGCGGCAGGACCUAUCACAAUAGUCCUACUUUGCGUAAAGCUUGUGAAUUUUUAUUAUCUAAGCAACUACCAAAUGGGGGAUGGGGAGAAAGUUACCUUUCUUCCCAGAAUAAGGUGUAUACAUACCUAAAAGGCGACCGCUCAAACUUGGUACAAACAGCAUGGGCUUUAUUAGCUCUCCUUCAUGCUGGACAGGCUGAAGUAGAUCCUACCCCAAUUCACCGUGGAGUCAAACUCCUCAUAAAUUCACAACUGGAAGAUGGUGACUUCCCUCAAGAGGAAAUUACCGGAGUAGUUAUGAGGAAUUGUUUACUACACUAUUCAUGUUACCGGAUCGUAUUCCCCAUAUGGGCACUUGGAGAGUAUUAUUCUGUGUUCUUCUUGCAUAAAUCUAAAAGGAAUAGGAUUUAAUGUACCCAACUAUGAUGUACUUGUGCCUUUAACGUGAUAUAAGAGAGGUGUAUGAUCUUAUGUAUUCUUCUCAAUAAGAGCUGAAAAAUGUAUUAGAAUAAGGCUUAAUUUAAUAAAUCAUUAACUAAUUU